AGAGACGGGCAGAAAUGCGACAAACUCGAAAUCGGAUUUCGAGACUUUCUAUCUUUUCAAUGGAAUAUAGACUAUCUUUGUUGUUUUCUUAAUGUCAAUAUUUUAGAUUUUAUCUGAAAAUGGCUCAAUCAAUAACUACUCGAAGCGCCAAACUGAAUCAAAUCCUUACUAGUAAAAAUGGCGGUCGAAAGGGGACUAACAUCAUUACCAAGGAAACACUUCUAGAUGCUUUCUUGCUACUCUUUGAGGAGUGUAAUUCAGAAGAUCUACUCAAAGACAAAAAUGUUCUGUCUUUUGUCAAGAAAUAUUCCCCUAUGGUAGACGAACUUAAGCACCUUUGCCUCAGCAAAAACGAUUUCGAAGUUAUAAACACUAUCGGAAGAGGGCAUUUUGGUCAGGUUCAAGUGGUAAAAGAGAAGCAAAGUGGUGAGGUCUAUGCCAUGAAAACAUUAAAGAAAAGUCAAACGCUUGCACAAGAAAGUGUUGCAUUUUAUGAAGAAGAGAGAGAAAUAAUGGCCACUGCUAACAACCCUUGGAUUACUUCUCUACAAUAUGCCUUCCAAGACAGCCAGUGUUUGUAUUUUGUAAUGGAAUAUCAGCCAGGUGGUGAUCUGUUAUCACUGCUUGCUAAACAUGAUGAUGUCUUUGAAGAAGAAAUGGCUAGAUUCUAUCUAGCUGAGAUCACUAUGGCCAUUCAUAGUCUACAUCAACUUGGAUUUGUCCAUAGGGAUAUCAAGCCUGAUAACGUACUAAUUGACAGAACAGGACAUAUCAAGCUGGCUGACUUUGGAUCCUCUGCCAGGCUCUCCUCUGACAGAAAGGUAUAUUCCAAGAUGCCAGUAGGCACACCAGAAUACAUAGCCCCUGAAGUCCUGACUAGCAUGGAUGGGUCAGGAGGUCCUUACGGCAUGGAGUGUGACUGGUGGUCUUUAGGGGUUGUUGCCUAUGAAAUGCUUUGUGGACAGACACCUUUUGAAGCUGAUUCAGUGGUUAUUACCUACAGUAAAAUAAUGAACUAUAAGAGCUCAAUGAAUUUCACUCAUGAUCUCAAGAUCAGUAAAGCAGCAAAAGAUUUUAUUACAUCUUUAUGUACAGCCAGCAAGGACAGGCUUAAUUAUGAAGGAAUAACCUGUCAUCAGUUUUUUAGAGAUGAAUGGAAUAAACUACAGACAACUGUGCCUCCAUUUGUACCCACACUUGAUGGGACAGAUGACACUUCCAAUUUUGAUGAGUUUGAGCCAGAAAGUCCUGAUGCAACUGAACAGCUGCAAAAGUACAGGAAGAAAGGCUUUAGUGGCCAAGAUUUACCUUUUGUAGGAUUUUCCUUUACAAAGCACAUCAACACACCACUCUCCCCACAAUGUUUACAUAACUCACCUGCAAAAAAGAGCAUCCAUUCAAACAACCUUGAAAGACGUCUGACAAUGACAAAAAAAGAGCUAAAAGAUGCACUGAACAACUGCCAUGUCCUCUCAACUGAGAAGGAAGACAUGUCAAAAUCAUUGGAAGAGUUUCAAAACACCCUGGCAGAAAAGGAGAAAGCACUGAGAAAGGCAGAAAAUGAAAGGGAUUUAUUGGAGAAGGAAAAAGUCUUAAUGGAAUCUCAAAUCAAGGAUCUCCAAAUUAGACUUGACUCUGAAAGAACAGACAGAAACAACUCCGAUUAUAAAACUCUAAAACUAAUCACUGAGAUAAAGCAAAGCAGCAGAAGGGUAGAAGAGAUGAGAGAUCAGGAGACCAGAGCAACUUUUGAAGAACAACAGCAGAUAAUUUCUGAGCUGGAACAAGAAAGGUUCAUCAUCAACAAAAGGGCACAUAGACUUGAAGAAGAACUAAAACUGCAAGAAAAGGUAAUAGAAGAAAGUAAACACAGAACUAAUGACCUUCAUUCAAGAAUUUCAAAAAUGAAUGAAGAAACAAAGAGUAGCAUGGAAGAGUGGCAGAGUAAACUAGAUAAAGUCACUGAUGACAGUCAAUCAAGAAUAUGUGAGCUUCAAGAUAAAUUGAACAAGUCACUCAAGUCAAGUCAAGAAGCCACUACCUUACUGGAAAAUAUCAGAAAGGCCAAAGAUCAAUUGGAAAAAGAGUUGACUGAUCUAAAGUUAGAAAAAGAGUCUAAAACAAGGAAAGAUGAAACAGAUGGGAAUAAGGCUUGCAGUGAUUGUGCUCAGUCUGACAGAUACAAGCAGAAAGCUGAAGAAGUUAGGAAGAUGUCUACAAAAAUCAUGGAUCUAGAAGAUAAACUUUUUAAGAACCAGAGAGAGAUGAAAAAGCUUGAGCGAGAAAUAGCAAAUAAAAAUGUUGUACAAGAAAGGUUACAGGAGAAAGAUGAAGAAGUUUCUAAACUUAGUCGCUGCAACAGAAAACUUGAGAAUACCAAUAAAAAGCUGGAAGAAUCACUUGCUGAUAAAGAGAAAAUUAUAAUUACAAAUGAGACAAAAAUUAAAUCCCUGCAAGAAAGAUGUCAAGAAUAUGAUAACAAAACAACAACCAGGGCAACCAUGCUGACCGGAGAACACCUUGCAGCAGUGGAACAAUUAAAACAACAGAAAGAAUCUAUUGAAAGAGACUUAAAUGGGCUGCAAAAGAAAAAUGAAUCACUUUUAGAGAAGAUAAGAUCAAUGGAAGAUAGGUUAUUUGAGGCUGAAAAGGAAAGAGAAGAUGUCCAGAAGACCAAUAAGUCUUUAGAAGAAGCAGUUGUUAAGUUAGAGAAUGAAAUUGAUGAAAAGCUAUUGAGACAAGAAAUGAAGGCAGCAAGUCUUAAAGCUUUUGAUGAACUUGAGUCACAAGAACGAGUCGAGAUUGCUUUAGAGCUGCAAAACAAGCUACAGCAAAUGACAAAACACUGUGAAUCCACAGAAACAGAAAAUAAGGAACUGGAAGUAAAACUUGACAAUUUGAAUGAUGAAUAUAUAAAAAUGGAAGGAAUGAAAGAAAAAAUGGAAGAUGAAUUAAAAGAAAAGAAGAGACAAAUUGAAAGCCAAGAUCUGACAUUUUCAAUGCUCAAGUCUACUUGUACCAUGCUAGAGAGUCAGGUUGAAGAGUUGGAAAUUAUGUUAGAAGGCUUUGAAGAGAAAGAAAUGAAAUGGGAAAUUGCAAGAAAAUCUCUUGAAACUGAACGUGAUAACCAUGAAUGUGCAAAUGCAGAGUCAAAAAGAUCACUGGAACAAGAAAAGGCUUUAAGAACACUUGCUGAGGAAAAACUAGUAAAGUUGAAGGAAGGCUUAGAUGAAUUGCAAAAUGCUCGCAUCCGAGAAGUGAACGAGAUGAAUGAUAAAUUGGAAAGACAAAGAAAGAGAACAGAAGAACUUACAGAACUGUUAAGUGAAUCAGAGAAGAAGGUUGGGAUCAUGAGUGUGGAGCUCAAGUCAUCGGCACGAAAACUACAAUUGGAGGUUGAAUCAAACAGCAAGUAUAAGAUUGAGAAUGAAAGACUUGAGUCUCAAAUCUCUAAUCUGCGAGCAGUAAACUUCCAGAUGAACCAGAACAUUGAGUCAGCAAUGGAAAAAUUUGAAGAAGUAAAUACUGAAAGGGCUGCCCUGGCAGAACAAAUUGGGAUAAUGGAGUCAUCAUAUGCUGAAGAGAGAUUGAAGCUGGAGGCCACUAAAGCACAACAAACCAAACUUAUAGAUUUCUUGCAAUACAAGACAGAAGGGCAGAAUAUGAAGAAGAAAAAGCUGAUAGGAGGAGGAGGUAAAACAUGGCGUAAGCAAUACCAUGAUGAACGCAAUGUUGUACCAAAACAAUGGAAAGAUUUGCAACAAGCACUGGAAAAGGAAAGAGCAUCAAGCUUGAAACUGCAAACAGAACUAAACAGAACACAAGCUGAGCUGAAGAAUGCUAAAAUGGAAGUUGCCCAGUGGAAGUCCUUGUGUCAAAAUGCACCUGACAAAAAACCAACACAAAAAGUAGCAGUACUAUCAGCAUUGCAACAAUCACCUAGCAACCAACAAGCUCCAUUGGAAAUAAUGAAGAAGAGCAGCAAUUCAACCAGCAAACCCCCCCUGACAUCAGAUCCUACACUACAUAGACCAAAAGAACGGAUGCAUCAUAACAUACCUCACAGGUUUGUGCACAUUCUCAACAUGCAUCCCGUCAAGUGCUCUCUUUGUCUGGAUACAGUGCACUUUGGACGCCAGUCAUCAAAAUGUGCAGAAUGUGGUUCUGUCUGUCACAUAAAAUGUGCCUCUCAUUUGUCUCACACUUGUGGCCUCCCAUCACAGUUUGUAGAACAUUUUAGUGAAGCCUUGAAUGAUAACAACAGUGAUUCACCUAUUAAGGGUAUGAAACGAUCUGUAUCACAACUAGCAAAUGGUUUAGAAAACUGGAUGAAAGUACCCAGCGUUUCCGUCAAAUAUGGAUGGGAGAGGAAAUGGAUCUUGCUGAAGGACUGCAAAGUCCAUAUAUUCGACAAAGAAAAUGUUAAAGACAAAACAUCCCCAACAGAAACGUUGAACCUUGAUGGCACCGACGGUCACGUGACAAUCCACUCAUCAGUGAUGUCAUCGGAAUUGCUAGGCACCGCCCCCACGGACCUUCCUUAUAUUAUUAGGGUAGAGUCCAGGCCAAAGUGCUGGCCAGUGCAAAACCUGUAUUUGAUGGCCCCAAGCUUUAAGGACAAACAGAAGUGGGUGGUAGCUUUAGAAGCUAGUUUAGAUGAACUGAAGAAGAUUAACAAAAAAGAACAGACAGAAAAGUGUGAUGAGAAACUCUUUGGAAACACCUUACUUCGCCUCGAAAAUAGCAGCAAAAUUGAUAUGAACUGCACUCAAAUACUAACUGAUGAGUUGUUGCUUAUCGGUGCAGAAGAAGGACUCUAUGCACUGUCCAUUGCAAAACCAGGUCAUGGAAAUCAUCGUGAGAUUCCAGGAAUGGGAAAAGUCUUUCAGAUGGCACUUGUAACCGAUUUAAACCUUGCUGUUAUGAUUGCUGGAAAAGAGCGAAACCUUUGUCGGGUUGAUUUAAAGCAACUUCAGUCACGUGCUAGGAUGAUUAAUUCUGAGGUUCCUAUGACACCGCUGACUAUUCAAGGAAUUGAGAAAUURAAGAACUGUCACUUGUUUGCUGUUGGGCAGUUUGAUAAUAGUCAGUAUCUAUGUGCUGCUACKCCAAACAAACUCCAUCUACUUCGAUUCAAUGGUGGAAUGAGUGCGUUUUGCAUAAGAAAGGAAAUUGAUACGACUGAGCCAUGUAAUUGUAUUUACUUCACCGAGUCAAGCGUGGUGUAUGGCACUGACAAGUUUUACAGACUAGACCUUCGAAAUCAAACCAUCACAGAUUUCCUCGAUGCUAAGGACACGUCGUUAGCCUUUGCAGUGUACGGCGCAGCCCAGUUAAAUAUCUUCCCUAUCUCCAUCCUUGACGUAACCUCCUCAGGCUCCAAAGACCAAGAACUUCUUUUGUGUUACAAUGAGUUUGGAGUUUUCGUCAAUUCUACCGGACGUCAAACGAGAGAGAAAACCCUUAUGUGGACUCGUCUUCCUCUCGCCUUYGCUUACAAAGAGCCGUUCCUCUUUGUAACACACUUCAACUCGAUCGAUGUGUGUGAAAUCCCUUCCGUGUCAUCAUCCAUAACAGAUUCUUUCACCCACAAGUUUCUUGAUGUACAAAAUCCAAGGGUUUUGGGUCCAGCCAUUUCUUCUGGUGCUAUCUACAUCGUCUCAUCCAUGCAAGACCAAGUUGAGUUGCUCUGYUUUCAAGGCAGCUCACUGACAUUGUCGUCCUGUCAAACUGAUGAGGAUCAUUCAAAUUUCUCUAAGUUGUCGGAUAUGCUUCGGACAAUCUCCGCCACGUCCUUGGUUUCUGAAGUAUUCUCGCCAACUCGAAGUGACGGGGAACAAACUCCGAUAUCUCCGAAUACAAAUACAAAAAAGAGACGAAGUUCAUUUUUGUCCAACGGGCCAUUUAGAAGUCCCAGUCURAAAAAGCGAAAGUGUUACGAAGUCAAUCCGAAAUAGAUCCGUGAGCUACCCGAACUUUAUUGUCUGCUAAGGAACACCUCGAACAUAACAAACAGCAUGUAAAAACCUGCAUCAAAAUUGUAAUUUUAAAAAUAAGAACCAGAUCAGCUAGACAAAUUUAGUCUAAGUUUUAUUGCGGGGUUACAUUCUGAAAGUAUUCCCCUAGAGAAAUACGCAUUAGAAAAGAACUACUCUAGCACACAUCACGUGAGUAUCUGUGACAUGCGGGUUUUUACGUUACAAGGACAAAUUCAAGCAUAUCCAAUAAAAUAAAGACUCAUGGAAACAA